AUGAUCGCCCGAUAUUAUAGUGAAAGCACCGCGGAUACCGUGUUGAGCGGCUAUUAUGCCAUCUUUUUGGCGUUUCUCUUCUGCGUAGAGCUGGAAAAGGCCGAGGAGACGAACACCCUUCGCGCCAACGUCAUCGCGGCCCUCACGCGGGCUUUCCAAGACGCCGCACUAGGGAAGAAAUAUGCACACAAUCCGAUGAGGGUUAUCGUGGCCAUCAUCCAGGAGUUCAUCAUCUUCCAGAGCAAGUCCAACACCCUAACACGGGAUACCCUUCUCGAGUUAAAAUCCCUUCUGGAUGUACUUAUCGAGAUGAAUGGCAUUACCGUCAGCGAAGGCUAA